AUGCCCUUAAUAACGUUGAUACCCACAUCGGUUUUAUGGGGCUAUUUUGCUUACAUGGCCAUUGACAGUCUUCCUGGAAACCAAUUUUGGGAAAGAAUCUUACUUAUUUUUAUUCACCAUAGUCGAAUAUACAAGGUUCUUGAAAGGGUUCACGCUUCUUUUGUUGAAUCUGUGCCAUAUAGAACCAUUUUCAUGUUCACGAUCUUCCAGAUUGUCUAUUUCCUUACGUGUUUUGGUGUGACAUGGAUACCUAUAGCAGGCAUUCUCUUCCCUCUAAGUAUGAGGAAAUCGUGGGUGGUCCAUCAUGACAUACCAGCUUUAUUCUUAGGGAGAUUGAUGGAGUUGAUAGCAAGAACGAUGAAGAUGAAGUGACAUUGUGUGAUUUCUUUGCAAUUUUUAUCAAAAAAAUCUUCUUAUGAGUUUUUGUCCCUAAUUUUGUAGAUUUUUAUAUUUGCUUAUGAUCUCUAUUCUUAAAACUGAAGGUGAUCUUCCGUUCCAUAUGUACUCAAAAUUCCUUAUUUAGCUUAUCAUAUAUCAAAUAUGUCAAAUAUGAAAAUGCAUAUUAACAUUUUCCUUACUUUUUUUUACAUAACAUGCGACUCUAAGCAUCACAAAAAUAGUAAAAUGUUGAUGUUACCCUUUUAUACUUGAGAAAUAUUCUCAAUUUGUGACAUGGUAAAUUUGACUUUUGAAAGUCAAAAUAGUAGAUCUUUCAUACAGAUACCACUAUUUUAUUUGGUAUAUUUAAAGCUAUACUUGUUGAUAAUAUUCAUAUUGCUGUUGGAGAAAUUAUACAAAUGUCAUAUUAGUUGAUGAAAUGGGUCUUAAUAAAAUAGUUCAGUCUGUUUCUAUGCUUGGUUUCCUUCAGGUAUUCAUAUAUAUUUUAAUUUCUCACAUCAUUCUGCCAAUUUGCUAUAUAUAAAGUGAUUAACUUUUUUUUAUGAGGUCUGCACAGAACUCACAACAAAUUCAUGGACCAAUUCUUGUUGUUGUUCAUUUAUCAAAUUUGUCAAAUUUGGCUAAAGAGUUCAGAAAGUGCCUUCCUGAUAUGAACAUGGUUGUAUAUGUUGGGACUCGUGGUAGGCGAGAGGUAUUACAAAUGGAUCCUUGAACGCAACUUUCAUGAAGGUGUGCGUGGAAAUCAGACCUCAGGACUUGCGACUAAAUAAUCAUUGAAUUUACUGUAUCAGUUCCUAGAAAAUUAGGAUGGGGGUAAAGGACACUGCAAAUUGUAAAAUUGUUGAGUAAGGGUUGCAGCAAUGAUUCCAGCAUAUACAUGAAGCCUGAGGAAUUAUAAUAGAAGUUAAAUCACAAAAGACAUAUAUAACCUUUAUCAAGUGUCAUGGGUUUUAGUAAAUAUUGUACCUGGAUAAUUCUCACUCAGCUUUUGGAGGGCUGGAGGGCAAGUCAGAGCAUGUAACACUCAAAAUUUCAAAUCAAUUUAAACUUUAUAAAAAAUGUCAAGUAAAUCAAAACAUUACAACUUUGUUUUCAAAAUAUAAAUUAUCAGAGUUUUCCCAGAAACAUAAACAUAAUAGGAGGAGCUGUACGAUCACGCCUUUGCCUUGCCGCGAUCCCCUGAUGUACCUAAAACAAUAAACUGAAACUAUAAGCCCGAAAGCUUAGUGAGUUACCCCCAAAAUACCGAUACACAUACAAUCCACAUAACCGUGUCAACGAUAACAUAUCAUAACAAACUGAACAGAACAACACGUAACGGGUCCACAGCUCUACAGACUGGAAUACCCCUGGGCCCACAGUGUGAGUCUGGAAUGCCUACCGAGCCCUCAGCUCACAUCUGGAUUGCCACCGAGCCCUCAGUACGAGUCUGGAAUGCCUACUGGGCCCUCAGCUCGUAUCUGGAAUGCUCUCGAGUCCUCAGUAUGAGUCUGGAAUGUCUACCGGGCCCUCAGCUCAUAUCUGGAAUACUCUAGGGUUUGUUGGCUACCGCAUGGAGCAGUACAACCUCAACCCAACCCACAUAACAUAUAACAUAACUACUGAGCAUGCAAUAAUCAUAUAACAUCACAGGUAGUCCUACAGGUCUACCUAACUGGCAUAACCACUAGCAUGCAACACAAACUCAUACUCAACAUGUAACACUACUAGGAUAACAUAUCCAAUGGGCCGGCCUUGGUGCCUUAGACCCCUUAGUAUAGUGAGGAUAACUCACCUCGUAGAUGUCAACUCGGUAGAUAAUUCCAACUCUCCGAUCACUUGCCAAGGACUCCACCACCUAUUACCAUAGUACGAAUAUACUCAUAAGUCCUCAUCCUUACAAAGUACUCCAUAAACCAACUAGUUAAUCCCUGGUCAAAGUCAAAGUCCUCAGUCAAGGUCAACAGUCCAUGUUGACCUCAACUCGCCGAGUACCCUCGGCUACUCGCCGAGUUCUUGAAGCACAUUCCAACUCGCCGAGUCAUCGGGGUGACUCGUCGAGUUCCUUCGAUUCUCGAUCAAAUUUUAAGGCCACCCGUCGAGUUUCCUCCUUGCAACUCGAUGGAUACACACGCAUACAUAUCCUGGAGAAAACUCAUCCGACUCGCCACAACUCGUCGAGUCUUAUGGCAAUCUUCAUCGGACUCGCCGAGUUGUUCAUCCAACUCGUUGAGUUCUCGGCCAUCUUCAUGUGACUCGGCUUGCGACUCGCCGAGUCCAUUCAGUCUUUUUUCCAUACAGACUUGUUUUGAGCUAUGCAGCGGCUCCAAAUCACAGAUCCAAGCUUCUAGGGCAUGCUUAUCACGUAAAGUUGCAAACUUUACGUGCAUGCAAGGUUCUAAAGGCCCUAAAUGACCAAUCUAUGCUUCCAAUGGAGAUUUACACCUUAAGAAAGUCUCAUUCUUGCACAAGCUGGAAACUUUAUGUACUAAGAAGCCCAAAGGAGCUCAGUUCUGAAGUUACAACUUCAGAUCUGAGGUUGCAAAGGAGAAUAGCUUCCAAUCACACUAUGAAAACCCUAGAAUUUGUCCAAAGAGGGGAUCUAGAAUGAAUGAGGUUAGGGUAACGAUUUAUACCUUCCAAAAGAUGCUAACUACAAUAGAUCUCAGGUCCUUCAAGCUCCUUGCUUCUGAAUGCUUGAUCUCCAAGCUCUUUUCUCCAAGAAAAUCCUCCUCCAAGCUUAAGAAUGCACAAAAUGAGCUCACACACGAUUAGGGUUUUAGAGGGGCAAGAAGCAGUGAAGGGGAGGCUGGGGGGAUGGCCAAUGAUCCUUUAAGUAGGGUGAAAUACCCCGAAAUUUAGGGUUUCAUCUGCCAGCUCCUACUCGUCGAGUCUCUUUAUGGACUCGGCGAGUAGGUCACUAAAUGUGCGAUCCCACCUCGCUGCUACUCGACGAGUAGGGCACCCUUAACUCGUCGAGUAGGACUUAAAACCAAAGAAAUUCUUACUUAAAUCAAUACCUGAGAAUCGGGGCGUUACAGAGCAGAUACCUAAAUAUUUAGAUAAAUUUAAGAAAUCUUGAAAUUAAUAAAUUGGUUAUUGCUUUUCAUUUUGGAAGGAGGAAAUCAUUUAAUAAUUGAUUUUCUAUAAUACUAAAUCUCAUUUGAUAGUUAGUUAAUUAGUUACCUAGGUGGUAUGUCUUGGUUGCUGGCAAGAUGGAUGCUGCAUGUUCUGCAAGAGCAAGCCCAACUCUCAGAUUGGGAACAACCUGCAAACACAAGGGUUCUCUUGGAUCAAUAAAUUCAACUGUAGCAGGCCCAAGUGGGGACUGAAUCUCCCCUGAAAUUGUAGGCUGCAAAAAAAUAAACAUACUAGAUUAAUGAUUAAAGCAAGAAAUUGCAAUGCACUUUGAUAUAUUCGUUUAUUAUAUAACAUCCUACUUUCAUUUAUGUCUAUUACAGCAU